GAGGAGGGGGACAAGUGCCACGGGCUCGUGACGUGGUGCCUCGAGGAGGGCCUCGAGGAGCACCCGGAGUGGUUCACGGCGUUCCGCCGCUCGGCCUCCCGGGAGCGCAACUUCAAGCAGAUCCAAGGGAUCCUCCACGGCAUGGGCAAGGGCGGGUGCGGCAGGCCCUGCUCCACCCUCGUGGAGCAGCUGCAGCAUGCCCAGGAUGCGAAGGACGUGGACUUCGUGCACACGACGGCGCCCGUGGAGCAUCCGCCUCGUGUGUGGGUGGCGACGGCGCCGCCCACAACCUCCCUGGAGGCGCCCAAGGCCGAGGUCCAGGAGGCGCCCGAGGUCGAGGCCCCGGAGGCGCCCGGAGGCGAGGCCCGGGAGGCGCCCCAAGGCGAGGGCCAGGAGGUGCCCGAGAGCAGGGCUCAGGAGGCGCCCGAGGUCGAGGCCCGGGAGGCGCCCAGAGGCGAGGUCAAGGAAGAGGCCGGAGCCGAGAUCCGGGAGGGGUUCAACGCCGAGAGUGCCGAUGGCUCCAGGAGGCCUGGCGGACCUGUCACUACUGGGGGAGAUCUAGCAGCACCUGAAGCGCACGGGCAAGCUCGAGACGUAGGGACAUCCUCUGGAAUACGGAAGCAGGAGACAGAAGAAGCAACACGCCCAGAAGCGAAAGCUGACACAGAUGGGUUCAUCAUUGAUGGUUACGGCCAAGGGGGCCAGUGGGCAGCCCCCAUGGAGGAGUCCUAGGCGAUUGCCGAAGCUCACGCGGCUAGGCUGCCAUGUAUGUAAUCACGAGCGCAUUCCCCCGCUUGCCACUUGUGGUGGAGGCUGCUGUGAUGGAAGAGCGGAGGUGGAGGUAGAGAGAUCAACCGCUUCAUCCGCCCUCGCGGAGCCAAUCGCGAAGCAGCUAGCAGCCACUGUUUUAUUUCCUGGUGGCAGUGCGUUUUUGACGUGCGUGGCCUGCUUCUCUCCGUCCCUCUCCUCGUUUGCAGGUUUCGGGGCUCAGAUCGGCGGAGCGACCCUGGCGUGUCCAGGCCACGCCCGUGACGCCUCUCGCUGUCAUUUAUGGCGCCCGUGCUUCCUUGGCCCGCGUAAUCAGCAGGGGCUCUGCACGACGUUAAAAAAGUUUGUUCCAGUUAUGCGCAAACUACGCGAAGCACAUCACAGGUGGUGGAGGCCAUCGUGAUGUCCUUUCACCUGUAUCGAAUUCGGAGCCAUAACUUGAUCCCCCCAAUUGCCGCUGACCCGCAACGCAACAAGGCAGCGGCACGGUCGCACACAGUCAUCGUUGCAGACGAAUGUUACGCCUGUGUAGGCGAUGCUCGAGCUAGGCCCUGUCGGUGAGUGGCAUCCCGACGCCUUCGCGGAGCGUGCGAAAACAAACCACGCGAAGCACUCGCACUUGCGCCGUGCCAUGGCCGUGCCGUGCUCCGAGUGCCGCCGACAUGUGGUCUUUGUCGUGCAGUGGCAUGCCUGGCACGCGCGCUUUGCCGAGCCGCUCGAUAGAGCCACUGCCCUGGGGAGAGGCGCUGCCAUCCUUCGG